CAACUGUAGCUCCCACGAACACUACAACUGCAGCAGCUCCUACAGCAACAACUGUAGCUGCUUCCACAACUACUACUGCAUUCCUUACUGCAACCACAACUGAAACUCCUUUUACAACAACUGUUGCACCUACGACAACAACAAUAUCCCCUACGACAACUGCAGCUAAUACUACAACAACUGUCGCUCCUACAAGUACAACCACAAUUGCACUUCCUACCUCGACAACCACAACGGAAACUUUUACCUCAACUUCUAUGGCUUCAGUGGCAUCAACUAGAUUUGGCACAGUGGUGGUUUUUGUAAGACUAGAGUUCCAGCUCAACACAGCAGUCCCCACUGAGCAUGAUGUCCUUGGUGCCGUCGACAAGGAACUGUCUCAUCAAUUCAGAACCUUCAAAAUUCAAAGAAACACUCAAGCCACGCUCCAGAAUGCAACUUAUAUCAAACUUGCAGAUACUUCAUUUGCUGUUGAUCUUGGUUUCAAAAUAACCAAUGUAUCCAUGGAGGAGAGACUGCUUCAAAGUGCUAGACUCACUUUCACCAAUGAUACCUACAGCCAGAUACAGGAUUUGAUUAACAACCUACUCCAUGAUAUUCUCAGUGAACCAAACGGCAAACAAUUUGACUUUCCCAACGCCAAAUUUAGUGUUGUUGGCAAUCAAAUCAUGGCAAACGUGACGUAUGUAUACAAAGACAAAGAUGUCAACCUCCCUAGUGCCUUUCUAGGGGAAGUUAUAAAAGUCUCAGGUCUCCUGACAACCAUUGUUGCCCCAACAACAACUACCAGCACCACACCACUUCCUACCCUUUUGCUGACCACUACUUUCAAUACCACAAGUGAUGGAGGUUUUCCUGGCUGGGCUCUGGCCAUUAUCAUCCCUUGUGGCAUCGCUAUCAUUCUGGUACCCCUGUGGAUCCUGCUAUGUUGCAUGCUAUGUGGCGGCUGUGCAGCUUUAAGGAGACGCUGGCACAGACACAGAGCUUACAACGUACAGUACACCAUAAGAAACAGCCUCUUCUGAGUUGACAAGACCAUCAAAAUAACAGCCAAUCAUCUAUAUCUGCUCAUCAUCACAACAAAUAAUAUAUUUUUUAUGUAAUCCAUACACCAUUACUUUUGAGAAGAUCAAACACGGACUUGCUUAUAUUUUAUUACAAAAUUGCAUUGUUCUUGAUAGGGUUAAUAGGUCACAUGUGUUUCCCCAAUGUACUACUUUUUAAUACUACUUUUUAAUAUUAUACAGUAUUUCUCAUUUUAGUCAAAGCUACAGCUGAGCUGGUAUAUUAUGCAUUUAUGUAAUUUAUGUGCCAUCAACCUCUGCUGUCCACCGUCUAAAAUGAUCAUCUCUAAUUUAAUCAAAUCAAAAUCAAAUCAAAUGUCUUUGUCACAUACACAUGGUUAGCAGAUGUUAAUGCGAGUGUAGCGAAAUGCUUGUUCUUCUAGUUCUG